UCGGCCAGAACUGGAUUUCUUAAGCACAAAUUCUAGAGAAAGACAACUCAAAACAUUCAUUACCCUCUACUGCAGACCUGCAUAAGAUAGGCUGCUUUGGUUAAAUCUCACACAGUAAGCAGCAUCUGGCCAGGCAUUUGAAGUAAAACAAACACAUUUUGUUUUGUGAUUUGCUAGAUUGUUAAAUUGAUUUUUCACUCAGGAUAAUGGCUGCUUUUCAGUUUGCUGUGUGCCAUUUAUAGCUCUGUUGUGAGGGCAUCAGUAUUGAUUGUCUAGGAUGUGUACUUGGGAUAAGAUAUCCUGUGGGUGCUCAGUCAACAUUAUGCAAUGAAGAUGAUUUGAAUCCUUGAACAGCCAGUCUUUUGGUUCACUCCCCAAUUACUAACUAGAAGAACGUAAUGUGUCACAGGUAAAUGGUAUCUGUGGCAUUUUAUCCCCAAGGGGUUGUGCUAAUAUCAUGUUAGUCAUAGACAAUCCCAAGAAGGAUUAGGAAAAUGGAUAUGUCGCAUCCAUUUUGGCAUGUCAACAGUAUGUCCGAAAUCAAGCCCAUGCCAUCACCAACCUGCUUCUGCGUGGUGACUGGUAUGAACAGCCUCCCAGUCACCAGACUUGGAAGGGCAGGAUCAUCUUCAGUUCUUCCUUCUUUCUCCCACGAACUAUUGUCCUUUCUAUCACCAAAAACUCUUUAAUCCCCCAAACGUGACCUAAUCCCAACACCUCGGCUAUACAGCAUUUAUAUAAACUGGAAUUAAUGCAUACUCUUGCCUUUGCAAUCUAUUCUUUACUCUUCAGCCAGUCACACUAAAACAAAACAAAACACACACACACAAAACAACAAAAAACAAAAACAAAAAAACCUGACAGAAAACCCAAACUCCAAAGACAAAGUUUGAGGAUUUUCUUUUUAAAGAAAAUCCCAAACUCCAAAGACAAAGUUUGAGUUUGCCACAGUCUAUUUAAAACACCAAUAUGCAAAUUAAAAAUCAACAUGCAUUCUUGUGUAACACAUCUCAAACUUUAAUAUAUUAAACUUCCAUCAUAUGUUUACUUCAAAUGUCAUUCAAAGCCUAGUUACUAAAGUGUUAGUGUUCUCAAAUACUUUAAGAUAUUUCUACACCACAGCUGUCAGAUAUAACUUAAAUGUAAUCAUUUAAUAAUAAAGUAGUUCUCUAGCGCUAAAAGAACUAAAUGCAGUGUGCAUGCACUUGCAUAAGAUAGGACCUAAAAUUAGUGAUCACCAACAGAAAGAAUUAUUUAUUCCCUGAUCACCAGUAAAAUGAAUAGGCCAAUGGCCAGGAGGAGGCCCAUGGCUGAUCCCAUCCUGGGAAACCAGAGAAGUUGGUGAGCAUUUGCUCUAGUGUCCAAGAGCACAUUCUUUAAGUUCUCUUGCCAUCUAAAUCCAGUAAAGAAGGGGGGCGAGGGAGGGAGAGAAUAAGAGAGAAAGUAAGGAGGAGAGAGAUGGGCAGAUGGACAGGGUUACUCAGGGAAAGAAUUGCCCGCCUAGCCACACCCCAGUUUCCCAGGCAACGCGGUAAACAGAACUUGAGCUCCUUUUCCUCUGUGAACUCCAUAGGUGUCAGGUGGUAGGGAGAAAGCAGUGGGGAGUGAAGAUGUGCUCUUUCGAGAGAGUGGGGUCCCCCAAAGGGUCAGAGCCCCGGACGAAAUUGGGAACUUCCUUUGAGACAGGUAGAGGUUACCCCUUAGAGAUUAGUGCUUUUGGAGGCACGGGGGUGUCUGAGGGGACGUCUCCCCUGAGCAUGGGAGCUGGAUUAACCCACAAAGAAAAGGAUGAUUUAGGAGAGAGGAGGGUGCUCUGGAGAACAGUAUCUCCCACAGAGUGUGGGCUCAGAGUAGGAUUAGGAAAAGAAGAUUUCCGGUGGAGGGAGAGACCCUUGGAGAGUGGCAAAUAUGAGGAGAGGACGGCAUCAUCAGAAACAAAAUGUCCAUUGAACUUGAACAAAGGGCUUGAAUUUAGAUUAAAAAGACAGGAUCUUUCGAGGACCCCCAUGGAGAGGAGUAAUUUAGGAGUCACCAGGGUCUCAGCCUCACAGGAAACAAGACCUCCCCUGGGUAUGUUGCCAGAAAAUGAGUGUCUUCUGGUAAAGGGGUCUGGAAGGAGAACACGGGAUCCCUUGGGUAUGGUGUGUGGAAGCCCACAGGCUCUGGGGAGCAGGAGAGGCCCUGUGGCUGGUGCCCCUGAAGGGUUUGGGGCCUCCGUGGACAAACAGCAGGCUUUGGGUGUGGCACCUAGCCAGGAACUGGGAAAAGAGCCCUCCUGUGUGGUGGUGAAGCCCAGUGCAGAGAUGACGUGUCCUGUGGAAGUGGACAUUGGGCUGCCCCAACCAGAGGAGCCAGAUGCAGUGGGGAAUACAGAGCCCUCAACAGGCUUGGUGAUAGAACCUUCUGAGUGCCAGUUUGCCCAACAACCCGAAGAGGAAAUGGAGGCUGAAAACUUUGAACCUGGAGUGGAACCUUCAGAUCGCAUCAGACCCAUCUACACUGGGAAAUUUUUUGAUCGAAUGCCGUGCUAUCCAAGCGCAGGGAAAGUUAUUCCGAUUGGAGACAGAGUUGCAGCCUGCUUGACUGAAAAACUUCCAAGGCCAAUUACUCCACCCGAGGCAAAAAAAUUUUACAACUUCAGAUAUCCACCUGCUGGAGCCGAAAGAGUAUUUUAUGGCAGAGCAAAUGACCCUCAAAUUGCACAGUAUUUGACACAUGGAAUAAGAUCUAAACUUUCAGAACCGGCAGACGUAUUGAUAAACCCACAGCCUAUUACAACAUACCAACAGAAAAUUAAAGAUAAAAAGGAAUCAAUAUAUUUCAGUAAUCAACGAGCACCAUUAGGAAAAUCUCAUGAUCAAUCACCAGGAUUACCUAAAGGCCUGGAUGUACACAAUACGACAUUUGGAACAAAAGUCAUCAGAGAUAUAUCUGCUGGAGAUGUGGUGAAUCCACCGAAACCCUUUCAUGAAGUAUUUAAAGAAGGAGAAGAAGGGCAUGACCUAUAUGUUGUUUCUCACAAUGAUUAUUAUGUGGGAGAAGCAAAGAACCGAAAGUAUAACCCGUCAACUUUCCAUAGGUUUAACCUGUUUGGGCUCUCAACACCACAUUUUAAUGAUGGACGAACCAUUGCACAAAGUUUAUAUUGGCUCCACGAAUUACAAAUGAAAAAAGGAGCGAAGGUUGUAUCCAAGAGAAUUGAUGAUUUCAAAGAAAAGUUUCAACAUCAACUUGGGAGAGUCUUAGAUCCCAUUGCAGAAACAAUGAAUGUUCAUCCGGACCACACAUUUGGAGCUUGUCUCCGUCCUGACGACUAUGGCUCUGAUGACCUCAUCUAUAAUAGACUCCCGAGUGAAUACCUUCGAGGCAAGGAUAGGGAGAGAGCCCUGGUCGCAGCAGUUCGUCAUCACUUGAAGAACUUUAACUGUGAAAAGUUUGACUCUUUGGUGGCAGCCUUCAGGCACUAUGACAAGAAGGGAGAUGGGGUGAUAGAUAAAGAAGAACUUCUGGAAGCUUGUGAACAAGCCAACUUGCACUUAGAUGAGAAGCUCCUGGACCAGCUAUUUGCCUACUGUGAUGUGGAUAAUGAUGGGCUGAUUAGCUUCCUGGAAUUUGCAAAUUUUCUUAACUGGAAAGAUAAAAUGCCUCUGAAAGAGUAUGAAGAGAGGGUUGUCAUUAAAGGUGGAAAGCCAGAUUGUGAAAACCCUGCUGAGGCUAUUUCUAGAGAAUCAGAACCAACCCUCCUGAUAAAGCCUGAAGACAUUGUCUUAAAUGACAACUCAGAAAAGACUCUCCGGACACUUCUGAGGCCAAAGGAUAAAGUUGCCAGCCACUAUAAGACCACUUCUUCUGCUAUCAAUGCGGUUGUAGGAGCUGUCCCUUCCAUGUGUUAUCCCAUCUAUGGUGUUCCAACUAUUCGGUCUGAUAUCCCUGUCCCCCGAAUUCGCCGCAUCGAUGAUAAAAAGAAUUAUGGUGAAGAGGGCAAUGCCUAUUCAUUGCUAUAUCCUUCCAUCUUUGGCCAGAAAGGAUUGUUUGAAAGAGACUUCUUCCAAACCAGAUCCAAAAAAGAGAUUGCAGAGAUAUUAUGUAAGAUUGGUGUCAAACUUUCUGAUGAAGAAUUUGAAAAUGUAUGGAAUCUUGCAUCAAAAAAACACCACAGAGGAGAAGUCUGCAUAGAGACCAUUAGAAAUGUUCUAGAUGAGCUACGACAUGCAGAACGGGCUAAGUGUAAAACAACCAUGUGAUAUUUUGGGAGUUCAUUUAUUUAAAUAAAGGAAUUGUUAAAUCUAUGUUGACCUGAAAUAUUCAGUAUGUUCUGGUUUUAGCUAUUAUAUGAUAAUUCAGUAAUCACUGUGUUAGGACUCAUAUACCUGUAUGUAUUGCUAAUAAAUUAGAUUUUGGAUUUAAAAA